AAGGUUUCAUGUGUAAUGUGUCUGUGACUUGUAGAGUGGCCUCGACGCGGCAAUCUCGGCGUCCGACGUGAGUCAAAGUGAUUUUUAGGCGCAACUUCCAAUAAAUAUGUUGUGCUAGUAUCGUGAAAGUAAAGAACGAUGAGCUUCUCUAGCGAUGAAGUCAAUUUCUUGGUUUACCGAUACCUUCAAGAAUCUGGAUUUCAACAUUCUGCAUACACAUUUGGCAUAGAAUCACAUAUAUCACAGAGUAAUAUAAAUGGAGCAUUAGUACCACCAGCAGCACUUUUAUCAAUUCUACAGAAAGGGUUACAGUAUACAGAAGCAGAAAUAUCAAUAGGCGAAGAUGGUACUGAACAAAGAAUGGUGGAAUCCCUAUCUCUUAUUGAUGCUGUUAUGCCAGAUGUUGUGGCAUCAAGACAAAAUCAAAUUAACCAGCAAAAACAACAGGUGAAAACAGAAGUACAAGAUACAAAUGGAGAGGAAGUUGUUACCUCCAAUGAAGGUGUAGGCACAAAUGAGAGAGGAGGAGAUAGGACAGAAAUGGAAGUAGAUGAACAACAACAAGGUUCAAGCAGGGGAACUAAUGCUAGUGCUGUUGAAAUUCCAGACACUAAAGCUACAAUAUUACGUGGUCAUGAAUCGGAAGUUUUCAUAUGUGCAUGGAAUCCAACAACUGAUCUUUUGGCUUCUGGUUCAGGAGAUAGCACAGCUCGUAUUUGGGAUAUGUCUGGUAGUUCACAAGCUCCAAAUCAGCUUGUUCUUCGUCACUGCAUACAAAAAGGUGGUACCGAAGUGCCAAGCAACAAAGAUGUUACUUCAUUAGAUUGGAAGUGUGAUGGUACCUUAUUAGCAACAGGAAGUUAUGAUGGUUAUGCACGAAUUUGGAAGACAGAUGGUAAAUUAGCAUCCACAUUAGGUCAACACAAAGGUCCAAUCUUUGCAUUAAAAUGGAAUAAACGUGGUAACUACAUAUUAAGUGCUGGAGUUGACAAAACAACAAUUAUAUGGGAUGCAGAAAGUGGGCAAUGUACUCAACAAUUUAGCUUUCAUUGUGCACCUGCCUUGGAUGUUGAUUGGCAAACAAAUACAUCAUUUGCUAGUUGUUCUACUGAUCAAUGCAUACAUGUAUGCAAACUUAAUGUUGAUAAACCAAUCAAGAGCUUCCAAGGUCAUACAAAUGAAGUUAAUGCUAUAAAAUGGGACCCCCAAGGUAACUUAUUGGCUAGUUGUUCAGAUGAUAUGAGUCUUAAAAUUUGGUCUAUGAAACAAGAUACGUGGGUACAUGAUUUACAAGCUCAUAGCAAAGAAAUAUAUACUAUUAAAUGGUCCCCAACUGGGCCUGGAACUCACAAUCCAAAUAUGAAUCUAACUUUAGCUAGUGCAUCAUUCGAUUCUACUGUAAGGUUAUGGGAUGUAGAAAGAGGUGCAUGUAUACACAGACUUACGAAACACACAGAGCCAGUGUAUAGCGUAGCAUUUAGUCCAGAUGGCAAAUUUCUUGCUAGUGGAAGUUUUGACAAAUGUGUUCAUAUAUGGUCUACGCAGAAUGGUCAAUUGGUACAUAGUUAUCAAGGAACUGGAGGAAUUUUUGAAGUAUGUUGGAAUAGUCGAGGAGACAAAGUCGGUGCUUCUGCGUCUGAUGGCAGUGUGUUUGUUCUAGACCUUCGUAAAAUGUGAUUGCAAAUGAACAAUAGAUUAUAUUUCAUUUCCCGGA